UUGGCUUUCCAUACGCGCGCCGCCUGAGACCAGCUGUUUGCGGGGAAGAUGCUGUCAAAGCAGUGCUAGCUCUGCUAGCUUGCGCCGGGGCUGGAGGCAGAGGAGGAUAAAACGCAAACAAUGGCGGGUGUGCACCCUCAGGACGACCUGCUGAAAAUGACUCACAGGGAGAACUGGAAGGUGCAGCAUGAGCGUCUGCACGUGAAGCACAGGGGUCACGAGGCCAUGCACGCGGAGAUGGUGAUGAUCCUCAUCGCCACGCUGGUGGUGGCCCAGAUAGUCCUGGUGCAGUGGAAGCAGCGGCACCACCGGUCCUACAACCUGGUGACGCUCGUCCAGAUGUGGGUGGUUCCUCUUUACUUCACCAUCAAGCUCUACUGGUGGAGGUUUCUGUCCAUGUGGAGCAUGUUCUCCGUGGUCACCAGCUACGUCAUCUUCAGAGCCACUCGCAGGCCGCUGUCCUGCCGAACGCCCAGGAUGGUCUACAAGUGGUUCCUGUUGAUCUACAAGCUGAGCUAUGCGGUGGGCGUCCUCGGCUACCUCGCCAUCAUGUUCACCAUGUUCGGCUUCAACGUCUUCUUCAGGAUCAAGGCGGAGGACUCGAUGGACGUGGGUGUGAUCAUGCUGUUUUACGGCCUUUACUACGGCGUCAUGGGCAGAGACUUUGCAGAAAUCUGCUCCGACUACAUGGCUUCCACCAUCGGGUACUACAACAAGGGAGGCAUGCCCAGCAGGAGCCUGACCGAUGACAUCUGCGCCGUGUGUGGUCAGAGGAUCCUGGUGGACGUGGAGGAGGAAGGAUUUAUAGAAGACACCUACCAGCUGUCCUGCGGACACAUAUUCCACGAGUUCUGCAUCCGCGGCUGGUGCAUUGUGGGAAAGAAGCAGACGUGUCCGUACUGCAACGAGAAGGUUGACAUGAAGAAGCUGAUGAACAACCCCUGGGAGAAGACGCACGUCCUGUACGGGCAGCUACUCGAUUGGCUGAGAUAUCUCGUCGCCUGGCAACCCAUCAUCAUAGGCAUCGUCCACGGGAUCAACUUCUCCCUGGGCCUUGAAUAGAGCCCUGUGGCACUCCGCCGUAAGUACAGAAAGUCCUGGAGUCGUGACCGAAAAAGUGCAGAAACGUUUGGCAGCAAACUGUCAAAGUCGGCGCUACAAGGACCCGGUUCAGAGUCUUUUGUUUGCUCGGUACGUGUUGCUCGACUGGAAGCUUUGCGCAGUUUGCAGGUGGUCCCAGCUGGUCCUGGUCUCUGUCUGCAGGGGGACACUGUGAUGCCAAAACCGCUGCCAACUUGAACAAGAACGAGAAAAGAUUGGGUACAGAUCCAAUGAUCACAUGAAAACCUUUGACACAAGGAAGACACUUGUAGUUUGGAACUUAUGGAUAUGUUGCUGUCAUGUAUGUUGUUUUUAAUGUGAUAAAUCGUAGCUUCACUUUGUACUGUAACCCGCAAAAUGCCUUUUUUUUAAAACAGGUUAAUAGUUGAUUUGCACACCGCUAACACCACCAACACAACCUUUCUUUUAAAUAGUUAAUCUGCAGACUACAUAAUGAACAAUGUGCCCAAACACCUGUUUACAUUUAACUUUGUUCAUUACAAAAGGUUGAUUUAUAACGUCUGUUGUGUAAUGUUUUAAUUAAUAUGAAGCUAAAGUUGCCAAAUGGUCGAGCAGCUGGAGUCCGAAUGUCCCAGUUAUGUUUCUUUGAUGAUUGUUGUCGACUUAUCAGCUGAUCCUCCAUGAUGUCAACUAGUCAAGUUACAAAAUGUGGGAUCCGCGAGAAGAAGGUAAAGUGUACUCUUGUUUUGAUGUUGUUCUCCUAACAUGGCCGCACGCGCUCCAAAACAUUCAAUAAAAGCAGUAUUGGGUUUUUUGUUAAAUCCCGGGAAACUUUUCCAUCUGUGGGGAAGAAAGUUUUCUUUUUCCAAAAUCAAAUGUAACAUUGCUUUCUUUAUCAAGAAUGCUGCUGAUAAUAACUUUGUAUUUAUUAAAUAUGUAUAAAACCACA